ACGUUGACGUGUUCCAGAACGUUGCUGUGGUAGCGGCGGGCGCCAUGUUGGGAAAGACGGGAAGCGUUUAGGCGGCAGGUUCCGGUCGCUCAUUGUUGUUCUCCGAGCCGGGUUUGUUGUGGAAGUGUGCCGGCUUCCUCAUGCCCAGGAUCGGUGGGCGGCGGGAGGAGUGAGGUCACCAUGCCUUUUCCACUGACAAACCAGGGAACACAGCAACAAGCCCAGAAGAACUUUGGUAUCACCUCCCCAAUUAGCUUAGCAGCUCCCAAGGAAACAGAUUGCACCCUCACACAGAAACUCAUAGAGACAUUGAAACCGUUUGGUGUGUUUGAAGAAGAGGAGGAAUUACAGAGGAGAAUUUUAAUUUUGGGGAAACUGAACAAUUUGGUUAAAGAAUGGAUUCGGGAGAUCAGUGAGAUCAAGAAUCUACCACAGUCAGUAAUUGAGAAUGUUGGAGGCAAGAUAUUUACCUUUGGGUCAUACAGAUUGGGCGUCCAUACAAAAGGUGCUGAUAUUGAUGCCCUGUGUGUGGCGCCAAGACACGUCGACAGAAGCGACUUUUUUUCUUCCUUUUAUGAUAAAUUGAAGCUGCAAGAUGAAGUAAAGGACCUUCGCGCUGUGGAAGAAGCUUUUGUACCUGUGAUCAAGCUUUGUUUUGAUGGGAUAGAGAUUGAUAUUUUAUUUGCAAGACUUGCACUUCAGACAAUUCCUGAGGACCUAGACCUACGUGAUGAUAGCCUUCUGAAGAAUUUAGACAUAAGAUGUAUAAGGAGUCUUAAUGGUUGCAGAGUAACCGAUGAAAUCCUCCAUUUAGUACCGAACAUUGAUAACUUCAGGUUAACUUUGAGAGCAAUCAAACUAUGGGCCAAGCGCCACAACAUAUAUUCCAACAUCCUAGGAUUUCUUGGUGGUGUCUCCUGGGCUAUGCUGGUGGCAAGAACAUGCCAGUUGUAUCCAAAUGCAAUAGCAUCCACGCUUGUCCAUAAAUUUUUCCUGGUAUUUUCUAAAUGGGAAUGGCCAAAUCCAGUUUUGUUGAAGCAGCCAGAAGAAUGCAAUCUUAAUUUACCUGUGUGGGAUCCAAGGGUGAAUCCCAGUGAUAGAUACCACCUCAUGCCCAUCAUCACACCAGCCUACCCGCAGCAGAAUUCCACCUACAAUGUGUCUGUUUCCACACGAAUGGUUAUGGUAGAAGAAUUCAAGCAAGGACUGGCCAUCACGGAUGAGAUCUUGCUGGGUAAAGCAGAUUGGUCCAAACUUUUUGAUGCUCCAAACUUCUUUCAGAAAUACAAGCAUUAUAUAAUUCUCCUCGCGAGUGCUCCAACUGAAAAACAGCGUCUUGAAUGGGUGGGUUUAGUAGAGUCUAAAAUCCGUAUCCUUGUUGGAAGUCUAGAGAAGAAUGAAUUUAUCACACUAGCUCAUGUGAACCCUCAGUCAUUCCCGGCUCCUGGUGAAAACCCAGAAAAGGAAGAAUUCCAGACCAUGUGGGUUAUCGGAUUAGUGUUCAAAAAGAUGGAAAACGCAGAAAACCUCAGUGUGGACCUCACAUAUGACAUCCAGGCCUUCACAGACACUGUCUACAGGCAGGCAAUAAACAGCAAAAUGUUUGAAAUGGACAUGAAAAUUGCAGCAAUGCACGUGAAAAGGAAGCGACUGCAUCAGCUGCUCCCAACACAUGUAUUGCCGAAAAAGAAAAAGCAUUCAAUGGAAGGCGUUAAGCUAGUCUCUCUGAAUGACAACAGCUUGGACUUAUCCAUGGACAGUGACAACAGUAUGUCUGUGCCUUCUCCCACCAAUGCCACAAAGAGCAGUCCAUUGAAUGCCUCAGGAUUGUCUCAGGGCAGGCAAAGUCCAGUGGGACCGAUAAAUACUUCAGGCACCACCGCAGCUGAUGUUACUGCAUCACCGAGCAAUCCCUGCGAUACUUCAUGGGGCAACCUAAAUGAAAGCAUUCCUGCUGAUACUGCCAUGCAGCCAGCCAAUUCUUCAACACCAAAGCCUGUGGUGUCCAGAGUUGUGACCCCUACCCGUUUGGUGAACCAAGUCUCAAAGCCUUCAACAAACACAACAGCAAAGUUGCCCAGUCCUGUUUCGUCUGCUUCUGGUGUAAAGCGGCAUUCCUCGUCCCCAUUAGAUGAGAGUCCCAAGAAAACAAAACUCGAAGAGGAUGAACUUGAUGCCUGUGCUGCGACUGAGGCGAAGGACUCCCAAAAAGUUGAAAUGGAAGAUGUAAAGGAUCAAGAUGGUGAUGUGAAAUCCUCCUCCCCUGUUCCUGGAGCUCUGCCAUCUACUCAGCGAUCGUCCAGUACAGAUCUGUCUGAUAUCCCCGCGCUACCGGCUAACCCUAUCCCAGUUAUCAAGAAUUCUAUAAAACUAAGACUGAAUCGGUAAAAAUCCCCCACCCACCCCCAGUCUUAGUACCUCAGGGUCCAUAAACAGUCUCUCUGCCAGAUGAACAGUGGUCUCCUGGAAGUGCUGGAGAAGAGGACGUGAAGUGUGGUGUCACAAAAAAAAAUGGAGAAAAAAAAAAAAAAAACGAGUUUAGAUAAUUGUAUUGGCCUGUAAGCACCCUAUCUGGACUCCAGGUUAGUACGAUGACUAUAUAGCACCAGUAAGUGGUUGCCAUCUGUUCUAUAAUGAUUUACCCUAAAGGACUGAAAUCCUAGGAGAAAAAAAAAAAAAACACUCAGAUAUGACUGAUAACUGUAUCUGUACUCAAUGAUAGUUCAUGUAUCGCUCGCAAAAUUGACAAUACAACUGGCCUAAAAUCUCAGCAGACGCACUUUUAUGUUUUGUUCCUUUUAAUCGUAGUGAGGAACUUUUAGAUGGGUUUUUUUUAAUUGUCCUUUCGGUUUCAUUCAUGUGCUAGAAUUUUUUUGCAUGUUGGAUCCCAACACUGGACAUGUCUUUUUGAUGGAUUUACCCCUUCCUUUAAAACAAAAAAGAAAAAAAAAGGAAGUGAAACUUUGAUGUUUUUGUCUUACUAUCAUUAGGAUAUCAUUUGUGUGAGUUCUGAAGCUACAAGAGGGGCCGAUUGGAAGGGUUUUUUUUUUUGUUCCCUUCUUUGUCAUUUUGUUAAUACCGGUCAUAACAUUUAUUAUCUUUGUUCCCACCUCGCACAAACUCCUGGGGAGGCACGGGAUCCCAUCUAGAGCAGUAGAAGUGUGUGCCUUGUCACUCAACACAUACGGCCAAUGAGAAGCGGGAUUCCUUUGGUAACAUCAGGUUAUGUUUUUUUUUGUUUUUUUAGUCAUGCUGCAAAGUGCAGUAGUUGUUGAGCGAAGGUGGAAGCUAUAAAGUACAAAUCAACGUAACUUUUUUUUUUUUUUACCUUUCUUUCUGCUGUAAUUCAUUGAGAAUUUAAGCUGUGAUUUGUCCUCUAAGCUAUGUAAGGUACAGGAAGUAUAUGAAACAAGGGGUGUCUAUAGCACGGUCUCCAAAUCUGUGCCUCUCCAGCUGUUAAACAACUACAAUUACCAGUAUGGUAUCCUUGGAGUUGUAGUUUUACAACAGCUGAAGAGCCACAGGUUGGGAAACACCAGUCUGUAGCAAUGGGUUGGUUAAAGGGGUACUCCGGCCCUAAUAAAUCUUAUCCCCUAUCCAAAGGAUAAGGGGAUAAGACGUAUGAUCGCGGGGGUCCUUGCCACUGGGGACCACCACAAUCUGUCAUUGCGCACCCACCUUUGUGAGCUCUCCGCAGCGCUGGAGGCUCUGAUUGUGUAGCAUGACAACCACAGGGCAGGAGUAUAGGGGAAUAUUAGAAGUCUGAACCCAAAAUAAAGCUUUUGGUUUCUUUUUAAGGUAGACCGUGUGUGAUUUGCCAGCUCGGCUGGUGGCAUGCAGACUCCCAUGCGAUUUUUAGAUCGGAUGUUGACCUUCUCUGUACUCUGCAAUGUUUUUACUUUAAAGGCAUUGUCUAGGAUUAGAAAAGUCGAGUUUUUGUUUGUUUUUCUUUGUUUAUUUUUUUUUCUUUCGCUCAAACAGAAUAGCACCUCUCAUGGCUGUGUGGGGUAUUGCAGCUCAUCUCUAAGAAUGGUGCUGUUUCUGAAAAGAAAAAGAAAAGCAUAAACCUUUUUCUAAUCCUAGAAAACUUAUUAUCUUUUUACCAAGGCUGGCAUAGGUGUAUGUUAUUUUUUUUCUUCUUUUUUUAGCCUGUGCAAUAACUAUGACCUUUCCCUCCUUCCUCCCGCUCGUAGUACAUUUAGAUGUUCACUCUGUAGUUUUAAGGCACACAUGACAGAACAGGCAAAUGUGUAUUCCAUGUAGUUAUGCCAGACACAAGGGUAUAAUAGUCAUUUGUUUACACACCAGGAUAAGGUUCCCCACAGCAGCUUUAUAGAAACCUAAGAUGUUAUAUAUUUUUAUUUCUGUAUCCCCCCCCCUCCCCCACCUUCGGACAACGUUGGCCUUUUUUUUGCCCACCUUCUGUGUUGUAACUUUUAAUUCUAGUUUCCACAUCCUGAAGAUCAGACUGUUGCUUCCGCAUGAUGUAUGUAACGUCUUAUGACUGGAGUUUGCUUUGUUUUAUAGUACCCGUUCUCCUUGUAUUUUUCAAAAGCUAUUUUGUAAACAGAUGACGUAUUUCUCAAUUGAAAAAAAAAAACAAACAAAAAAACACAAAAACAAAAAAAUAAAUAAAAACCGCACAACCCCAUGGAGCUGUA